AUGUCUAGAAAAGCUAGUAAGAAAACCAAGCAUUUAGACGAGCCGCGUUUUAGAGCGUGUGUUCCUCCUUGCCCUCGUUUUAUUACGGAUGAGUCUGCACACACUCCGCUCCCGGAAGGCUCUCUUCCAGCUGGGAGCCUUCAGCAGCGUUCCCCGCGGAUCUGGUCCCGCUUCCGCCGAGGCGGGGCGGCGGCUGCAUUCGUGGGGUUCGCAGCUGGAUCUAGCGGAUCCCCAGCCCGGUCUCUGGGUGAGGAAGCCCGCGCUGCGGAUUCUUCCCCCCGGGGGACGGGCUCGACACUCCCCAUAUCUUCCUCUGAGGAGGUUGAUGUGGAGAGUGUCGGUGAUGUUCAAGCACCAUCGUUUCCCCAAUAUGAGGAGCUGCUGGAGGUGGUGACUCGUGCGGUGGCCAAGCUUAAUAUCGAUUGGCCCCCCGAGUCAUUGGUUGAACCGCAGACUAGUAAACUAGACGAGAGGUUUCUGCGGUCUCGCCCACCUUCAGCACGCCGGAGCCUUCCUUUUUUCCCCGAUCUCCACACUGAGGUGUCGAGAUCGUGGAAUAACCCGUUCUCGUCCCGCUUGUUCAUUCCCGCCUCCUAUAACUACGGUCAUGUGGGCGGGUUGGAUGAGCGGGGGUACAGAGCGAUGCCCCGGGUGGAACAGACACUUGCCAGCUAUCUGUCCCCCGCCGCGGCAUCGUCUCUGAAGGCUCCGGUCUUGCCCUCCAAGCCGCUGCGAGUCACCUCAGCGCUGGUGGGCAAGGGGUACGCGGCUGCGGGUCAGGCUGGUGCGUGUCUGCACACCAUGUCGGUGUUACAGGCGUACCAGGCUGACCUGCUUAAAGAGUUGGACGAAGGCGCGGAGAUCAGGGAUUGUGACAUCUCUGAGCUCCGGAGGACCGCUGAUUUGUCUCUCCGUGCCACUAAGGAGACCGCCCGUGCCAUCGGGCGGUCUAUGGCUUCCCUUGUGGCUGCGGAGAGACAUCUCUGGUUGACCCUGUCUGAUAUGAAAGAAAAGGACAGGGUCUUCCUCCUGGACGCCCCGCUUUCGCCUUCUGGCCUGUUCGGCGACGCUGUCAAUGCGGUCGUCGACAGGUACCAGGAGGCGCGUAAGCAAGCGGCGGCGUUCCAGCGGUUCCUCCCUCGCCGCCGUCCAACUCACGAGGCUGCUGAGCUGGAGCAGCCUCGUCCGCGUACCAGCUCCUCACACCGGGAAACGCAGAAACAGAGCGUCGCCACCCGCACUCCUCCCCAUCGAGGGCGGGUGCGCAGACGCUCUAGGUCGGGGGCCCCAGGACGAAGCCCGAUCUGCGGGUCGUGCUUCAGUCUAGGAGGUCCUCGGCCAAGCGGCCCUGAUGGUGCGGGGCCGCUGAGGGUAGCCCCAUCGGGGGAGUUCCGGGGUGCACCGCAUUAUUCGGUGUCCGGCUCCCCCCUGUGCCCUCGGGAGGCUGUCUUGCCCACCCUGCCGGUGAUUCAGGGCGCAGCAGCCUCCUGCGAGCUUUCCCCUCAGUCUCUUCCGGCCAGAGACGUUCCAGAGCUGGGGGGCUCGCCACCCCCUGCGGGGGACACCGGUCUAGCGACCCGUGUAACACCAGAGGCCAGUCUCGAGAGGCUGGUUCCCUUAGUAGAUCAUUUGGCAGCGUGGAAACUACUGCCCAAUGUGUCUGCUUGGGUCCUGCACACUGUAGAGCGAGGUUAUCGCAUUCAGUUCGGCGCUUCACCUCCGCCGUUCAACGGGGUCUUUCCCACUUUGGUGGGUCCCGAGCAGGGUCUGGUAAUGGAGCAAGAAGUAGCUACUCUCCUGAGGAAGGAGGCCAUCGAGGUGGUCCCUCCUCAGUUCAGAGAGUCCGGGUUCUACAGCCGGUACUUCAUUGUUCCCAAGAAGGAUGGGGGCCUGCGUCCCAUUUUAGAUCUCCGCCUCCUGAACCGCUCAGUCAUGCGGCUGAAGUUCAGGAUGCUGACUGUAAGACAGGUCGUGUCACAAAUCAGGUCCGAGGACUGGUUUGUCACGAUAGAUCUAAAGGACGCGUAUUUCCACGUCUCCAUCCUUCCUCAACACAGGAAGUUCCUGAGGUUUGCUUUCAGGGGCGAAGCUUACCAAUAUCGGGUUCUUCCUUUCGGUCUAGCACUCUCCCCCCGCACUUUCACGAAGUGUGUGGAUGCAGCUCUGGCUCCCCUGCGACUCCAGGGCAUCCGCAUACUCAAUUACAUCGACGACUGGCUUAUCCUGGCCCAGUCGGAGAUGGUAGCGGUUCGGCAUCGAGAUGUCGUUCUCGCACACAUGAAAGAGCUGGGGUUAAGACUAAACGCCAAGAAAAGUGUGCUUUCUCCAGUACAGAGAACCACUUAUCUGGGCGUGGUGUGGGAUUCGACCACGAUGCAGGCACAGUUGUCUCCUGCUCGGAUCGAGUCGAUCCUCGCCGCAGUCAUGAGAGUGAAGGAAGGCCGGUCACUCACUGUCAAGCAGUUUCAACGACUGCUGGGUCUCAUGGCAGCUGCGUCCAACGUGAUACCUUUUGGCCUGCUGUACAUGAGACCCCUACAGUGGUGGCUCAAGAAGGGGGUCUCCCCGAGGGGAAACCCGCUUCGCAUGAUCAAGGUCACGCGGCGAUGCCUUCGUGCCUUAGAUAUGUGGAGGAAACCCUGGUUCUUGUCUCAGGGCCCGGUGCUGGGAGCUCCUUGUCGCCGUGUAACGCUAGCGACGGACGCAUCCCUCACUGGUUGGGGAGCGGUCAUGAGUGGCCACCCUGCCCGCGGUCUGUGGAGUGGUCGCCAUCUCAGUUGGCACAUAAAUUGCCUGGAGAUGCUGGCCGUGUUUCAAGGGCUGAAACACUUUCUCCCGGACCUGAGAGAUCGCCACGUGUUGGUCCGCACCGACAACACGGCGGUGGUCUCUUACAUCAACCACCAAGGAGGUCUGCGUUCGCGCCCCUUGUACAAGCUGGCGCACCAGAUCCUUGUGUGGUCCCAGGGCAAACUCCUCUCACUGAGAGCAGUUUUUGUACCCGGGUAUCUCAAUGUGGGAGCAGACGUCCUGUCGAGACAGGGGCCGAGGCCCGGGGAAUGGAUGCUUCACCCCGAGGUGGUGAAGCAGAUCUGGAGAGUGUUUGGUCCAGCCCAGGUGGACCUGUUUGCCACGAGGGACAAUGCGCAAUGUCCCCUCUGGUACUCUCUAGUUCAUCCAGCUCCGCUGGGGCUGGAUGCCAUGGUACAGACGUGGCCGAGGCUGCGUCUGUACGCUUUCCCCCCGAUCGCCCUGCUCCCGGGAGUUCUAGAGAGAGUGCGCCGGGAUGGGGUAUCCCUUCUUCUAGUAGCCCCGUUCUGGCCGGGCCGAGUAUGGUUCUCGGACCUGAUUUCCCUCCUCGACGGCUCUCCCUGGGAGAUUCCCGUCAGGAGGGAUCUCCUCUCACAGGCAGGGGGUUCCUUCCUUCACCCCCGGCCGGAGCUGUGGAAGCUUUGGGUGUGGCCUCUGAGGGGGCGCACCUCUUAGCUUCCGGUCUCUCAACCGAGGUUGUUGAGACCCUACUCCAAUCUAGAGCUCCCUCCACGAGGAAACUGUAUGCCUUGAAGUGGAAACUUUUCACUUCUUGGU